AUGAGCGAGAAGUUUCACCAAAUACCAAGCGCCGAGAUAAAACGUCAGCUCCAGAAUUCUGAGGUUUUAUUUAUCGAUGUUCGGGCGGCGUACGAAUUGGAAUCGGGGAAGAUUCAGGCGGACAGAUUUCUCAAUAUUCCUCACUCAGAUAUCGUCCACCAGUUCAUGCAAAAAGAUGAGGAUUUCAAGACGAUUCAUGGGAUCGAAAAGCCGAAGAAAAAUCAGAAAAUAAUUGUCUACUGCAAAAGUGGUAGAAGAGGAGAAAUGGCACAGGCAUUUUUGGUUGAGCUUGGCUAUUCUGACGUCUCUAAUUGGGCCGGUGGAUAUCACAAAUUAUGA